UUGGUACUUUGGUAGGGUUUUAGGUUUUAGCAGAAAACAAGCUUUAAUCUCUGCUCACAAGAAAUCGUCCAAAACCUCCGAGUCAGUAACUCACCCUCCAUUUUUUAUUGGUGAUUCGGUGACUCAGUAUCCAUGAUCAAAAACAAAACUUCGAAAGUAAGGCUUCAAUGGUGAAUCCCAAGUAAGUCCUCUCUCUCUUUUCCCCUUUUGGUUCUUCUGCAAUUGGAAAUUCAUGAAGGCGUCGUUGCUGCAAUGAAUCUGAAAGUCUUCCAUGUGUAUGUGGCUUUCGUCCAUUAGACUGGGUUUUCCCAGAAAACGCAUUCACCCAACACAAAACAAUCGCAGCCGUUCGAUCUUCGUCCAUGGCGGCGGUGGCGGUGUUGGUGCUUUCAAGUGGGCGUCUUCCCAGGCAGCACUUGCCCUCUGGAACUCCAGUUCCUCCCACUCUGAUGAAUCGUCUGAUGAUAAUUCUUUCAGUGUCUGCACCACAAACGCAGGCACCAAUGCUGCCAAUAGAACCCAUUUCUUCUCCGAAUUAGAUACCUCAGGGGUUGUUAACAACCUCAACAGUCUAAGAAACGAACCCAAUUUGGCGAUUUCAUUCUUUCACCGGGUGAAAGGAGAUGGCUUUCGACACAAUGUCUACACGUAUUCUGCGCUUAUUAGAAUUUUGUGCUAUUGGGGUCUGGAUAGGAAGUUGGAUUCUCUCUUUGUGGACCUUAUUAAUUGCUCUAAAGACCUUGAAUUUGAGUUUUCGGAUUUGAUGGAAGCGAUUGGGGAGGGGAUUGAGGUUUCCCCAUCGACAGUCCGAGCUUAUGAUGCAUUGCUCAAGUCUUUUGUCAGUUUGAACAUGUUCGAUGAGGCUAUUGAUGUUUUAUUUCAGACAAAAAGGCGUGGGUUUGUGCCACAUAUCUUUACUAGCAAUUUUCUAAUGAACCGCUUGGUUGAGCAUGGUAAAGUGGAUAUGGCUGUGGCUGUAUAUAAGCAGUUGAAGCGGAUUGGUUUGAACCCUAAUGAUUACACUUACGCAAUUAUCAUCAAGGGACUCUGCAAGAAAGGUAGUUUGGAAGAGGCAGUGGAAGUGUUUCAGGAGAUGGAGGAAGCUGGGGUAACCCCUAGCGCCUUUGCCUACACAGCAUAUAUUGAAGGGCUUUGCACCAAUCACAGGCCGGAUUUAGGGUACCAAGUGCUCCAAUCAUGCAAUGGGGAAAAUGUCCUUAUCGAUGUGUAUGCUUAUAACGCUGUCAUUCGUGGGUUCUGCAACGAGAUGAAGUUUGAUGAAGCUGAAAGCGUCUUUCUUGACAUGGAAAAGCGAGGGCUGGUCCCUGAUUCAUAUACCUACAGUGCAAUGAUCUGUGGCUACUGCAAGAGUUCCAAGUUGUUAAAAGCUUUGGCUCUCCAUAAUGACAUGGAGUCAAAGGGUAUAAAAACAAAUUGUGUGAUUGUUAGUUUGAUUCUUCAGUGUAUGUGUAAGAUGGGCAUGCCUUCUGAAGCGGUGGAUCAGUUUAGAGAAUAUAAGAGCUUAGGUAUCUAUCUUGAUGAGGUUUCGUACAAUAUCGCAGUGGAUGCUUCGUGCAAGCUGGGGAAAAUGGACCAAGCCUUAGAAUUUCUUGAAGAGAUGAAGUGUAAGCAUAUGGUUUUAGAUAUUAUGCAUUACACAACAUUGAUCAAAGGCUACUGUCUCCAAGGGAAUGUUGUUGAGGCCGUAAGUCUGUUGAAGGAAAUGAAGGAAAAGGGUCUGAAGCCAGACAUCACUACUUACAAUGUACUUGCUGCUGGGUUUUGUAGAAAUGGCCUGGGAGCCAAGGCGCUUGACCUUUUGGAUUAUAUGGAGGCACAUGGUUUUAAACCAGACUCUGUUACACACAACAUGAUAAUUGAAAAUUUAUGCAUAGGAGGAAAAGUCAAAGAAGCUGAAGGUUUUCUAAACAGUUUGGAAUAUAAGAAUGUAGAUACCUAUUCUGCCAUGGUCAGCGGGUACUGUGAAGCCAACCAUACAAAAGAGGCGUAUGAACUUCUUAUUAGGUUGGCAAAGCAAGGAACUUUAGUUAAACAAGGCGUUUGCUUUAAAGUACUCAGUAAACUUUGUGUAGAAGGUGAUAAUGACAGAGCUAUUUUGUUGCUUGAGGCAAUGUUGGCGUUAAAUGUGGAUCCUAAAAGAAUUAUGUACAACAAAGUCAUUGCUUCUCUCUGCCAGGCUGGAGAGGUGAAAAAGGCCCGUUGGGUUUUUGAUUCUUUGGUUGAGAGAGGGUUAACUCCUGAUGUGAUUACCUACACAAUGAUGAUGAAUAGCUACUGCAAGGUGGAUUGUUUGCAAGAAGCCCGUGAUCUCUUCCAUGAUAUGAAAAAGAGAGGGAUUCAACCUGAUAUCAUCACUUACACAGUUUUGCUCGAUAGUUUUCCCAAAAGAAACGUAAGAAGGGUUAAUUCCUCUCGAGAUGCAAGUGGAGAUAAGGAAGAAACUUUUGAUGCUUGUACUGUUUGGAGUGAGAUGAAGGAAAUGGAAAUAAGACCCGAUGUAAUUUGUUAUACUGUUUUGAUAGACAGGCAAUGUAAAACUGACAACUUUCAGGAUGCUAUUGCGCUUUUUGAUGAAAUGAUGAACAGAGGAUUAGAGCCUGAUACAGUGACAUACACAGCACUUCUGGCUGGCUGUUGUAGGAGGGGAGAUGUGGAUAGGGCUGUAACACUCGCUAAUGAGAUGUCCUCUAAGGGAAUGCUGCCAAAUGCCCGGAUACUUGCGAUUCUACAACAUGGAAUCCUAAAAGCCACGAAAGUGCAGUUUCGGAAGUAAGAACUCUCUUUGAUUAUCAAUGCCUGGAUAGACCCAUGAUCUGUGAAUCAAUGAAGUCCUAACGGCAUAGCAUGCUGAAGUGGUGCCCUGGAAAAACGAUAUGGCUUGCCCAAAAUGACUUGGUACUCACUGAAACAGGGAUAUGUAUGCAUUUAGUCCUCCCCAGACCCAACAGCAGCAACCAAGAAGAAAACUUUGUUUGUAGGUUACCUGGAAGUCAAUUAUGCCUAGCUUUUGUUGUUUCAGUACGAUGGAUGAUCUGUGGUGCUCAAAGUGACUUAACAGUCGUGGAAAUAGGGAUAUGCAUACAUCUAGCCCUCCCAGGAUCCAUUGGCAGGAGCCUUGUGCACUGGAAGUCACUUGGAGGAGAAGAAAGCUCUGUUGGUCAGUCAGCUGGAAGUCUACUGUUUGUAUAGGUCCGUUUCUACAUAAGCUAUACACAGCAAAUCGCAGGAUGGAUGAAGUGCCAAAACAGUGGAGAAAUUUGCUACUGUGACUAAGGAAAAAACUUGACCUGAAAGAAGAUGAUGGCAAUGCCAAGCUGCCGUCACCUUCAAAUUUUGUGGUUUUGUACUAUAGUAAAGAUUGUCGUGUAUGUAUACAUGUGUUAAUUUAUCAGUCUGACUGUUCAUGAGAUUUAAACUCAUGAUCUCCUCGGACAAUAUCGAAGACUACUACUAAUCCAAGUGGGUCAUUGGCGAUUGAUGUAUGUAUUUUUUUGGUACGAAGGAUUGAUGUAUGUGUUUUUCUUAUACGAAAAUGGAUGUAUGUUUGAUGUUUAAGCAAA